AUGGUAUACAGGGGUCCUAGCAAAGGGUGUAAUAUAUGUCGAGCUCGCCAUAUCAAGUGUGAUUUAGGAAGACCAUAUUGCAGCAAUUGUACCUCAACACAACGCACUUGUUUAGGGUAUUAUCAUGUAUUUGAGCAUACACAUCGAGAUAAGACCCUCAAAGUAUCUAAGCGCAUGCAAACCCUUGCGCUUGUUCACCAAUUAAACCCCUUUUCAGCCGCGAAAGACGGUAGUGGAACUACUGCGCCAGCAUCCAUGGAUAUAAUUGGAUUUCUAUCAAUGCCUAUUCCACCAUCGAUCCCACCUGACAUCGAAUAUUCAGCUUUGAACUUCUUUUUCCUCAAUUAUAGCAUGACCCCAAACAGCCAGGCUACAUAUGGGUUUCUGGACCUUCUACCUUUCUUGUAUUCUCGAUCCAGUCAUUCAUCUGCAUUGGUCAUCGCCACAACUGCAUUCGCUGUCAACAUAUACUGCUUGUGGGGUCUUUGCGACCGUGAUGCUUCCACGGCUAGCAAACUAUACUUCAAGGCGGUGAUGAAGGCUAAGGACGACAUAGUCGAUCCAAUACAAACUAGUUCAGACGACUUGCUAAUGACAACCUCAUUCUAGAGGCCUACGAUGACCUCAACUCAUCUUUUCAGCAAAUACGCGGCAAAGCGCUGCAUGCAGCUGGCUCGAUUGCAUUAAUCAAGCACAGAGCGGCGUUAAACCACCGGGACAAGCUUUUUCACCGGAUCGCCAUCGCUGUUCAAAGUAAGCUAGUUCGCCUUGCGUUGAAGGACAUUACCAGUAUUGAGCAACUUAAAAUUGUUGACAUCUGGCAAGAAGACAGCCCCGUGGAGCAUAGUCCUGCAAUCGAAGCGGACAGGUUGGCAUUUCAAUACGUUCAACUAAAAGCUCAGUUGCAUACAGGAACAAGAGCUGAUUACCCAUCUAUACUUGCCCAAGCAAUUGCUCUCAGGACUAGGUGUAUGCAGUGGCUCGAUGCCCUUCCUGAUUCCUGGCGUCCAACAUCAGUCUCCAUAGAUGGUAUUGAAGCGUCUGUCAAAAUACCUGGCAUUUACGACACGAAGUGUGACGUGUACAUCAACCUCUCAAUAGCCAAUAUCCGGAACUGGCACCGUACGGUUAAGCUUGGAGUCUUGCAGAUUAUUUCGCAAUGCCUUAAUGGGAGCCUGGACAUCGAUUACACCCUUCGACGAGUACUGGCUAACAGCACCAGGGAGGGUGCACAAAUCAUUGUGGACGAAAUAUGCGCAAGCCUCCCAUUCCAUGCCGGUAAUAUUAUGCAGCGAACCUUCCCAAUGCUAGGCAACAAGCCCAAGAUCUGUUUCCCUCAAGCAUGUGUUUCCUUUCAAACCGACCCGGAGUAUCGAAGAUUUCCUGAGUCAGAAACCGAGAAUUCACGCCAUAUCGUAUCGUCUGGAAUGUGGAUGAUUCAUGGGACAUUGACCAAUGUGCUUAGACUAAUUGAAAAUGAGCAUACUGGUUCGUCGUCCUGUAUCACUAUUCGUCAGGGGCAGGUGGAGUGGAUUCAGAACCAGAUCCUGAGACUGCAGAGGGUCUUCUCUUUC